AUGCAGUUAGGGGAGCAGCUCUUGGUGAGCUCGGUGAACCUGCCCGGCGCGCACUUCUACCCGCUGGAGGGGGCGCGAGGCGGUGGCGGCGGGAGCGCCGGCCACCUCCCGGGAGCGGCCCCCUCGCCUCAGAGGCUGGACUUAGACAAAGCGCCCAAGAAGUUCUCGGGCAGCCUCUCGUGCGAGGCAGGGAGCGGGGAGCCCGCAGCCGCCGGUGCGGGGGCCCCCGCGGCCAUGCUCAGUGACGCCGACGCCGGGGACGCCUUUGCCGGCACCGCGGCCGUGGCCAAGCCGGGGCCCCCGGACGGCCGCAAGGGCUCCCCCUGCGGGGAGGAGGAGCUGCCCCCCGCCGCCGCCGCCGCCGCCGCCGCUGCCGCCGCCGCCAGCGCGCGCUACUCCAUGGACAGCCUGAGCUCGGAGCGCUACUACCUCCAGUCCCCUGGGCCUCAGGGCUCCGAGCUGGCCGCGCCCUGCUCGCUGUUCCCGUACCAGGCGGCGGCCGGGGCGCCCCACGGAUCUGUGUACCCGGCUCCCAACGGGGCGCGCUACCCCUACGGCUCCAUGCUGCCCCCCGGCGGCUUCCCCGCGGCCGUGUGCCCACCUGGCAGGGCGCAGUUCGGCCCGGGAGCAGGCGCGAGCGGCGGCGCGGGCGGCAGCGGCGGGGGAGGCGCCCCGGGCGCCUAUCAGUACGGCCAGGGGGCUCCGCUCUACGGGCCGUACUCCGGGGCAGCAGCCGCGGGUUCCUGCGGAGGACUGGGGAGCCUGGGGGUUCCCGGCUCCGGCUUCCGCGCCCACGUCUACCUGUGCAACCGGCCUCUGUGGCUCAAAUUCCACCGCCACCAAACCGAGAUGAUCAUUACGAAACAGGGCAGACGCAUGUUUCCUUUCUUGAGUUUCAACAUAAAUGGACUCAAUCCCACCGCCCACUACAACGUGUUCGUAGAAGUGGUGCUGGCGGACCCCAACCACUGGCGCUUCCAGGGGGGCAAAUGGGUGACCUGCGGAAAAGCCGACAAUAACAUGCAGGGCAACAAAAUGUAUGUUCACCCAGAGUCUCCUAAUACUGGUUCCCACUGGAUGAGACAGGAGAUUUCCUUUGGGAAAUUAAAACUCACCAAUAACAAAGGCGCAAAUAACAACAACACCCAGAUGAUAGUCUUACAGUCUUUACACAAGUACCAACCACGACUGCACAUCGUUGAAGUCACAGAGGAUGGUGUGGAGGACUUGAACGAGCCCUCCAAGACUCAGACCUUCAUCUUCUCAGAAACGCAGUUCAUUGCAGUGACUGCCUACCAAAACACCGAUAUAACUCAACUAAAGAUUGAUCACAACCCCUUUGCAAAAGGCUUCAGGGACAACUAUGACUCCAUGUACACCGCUUCCGAAAAUGACAGGUUAACUCCAUCUCCCACGGAUUCUCCUAGAUCCCAUCAGAUUGUCCCCGGAGGUCGGUACGGCAUUCAGUCCUUCUUCCCGGAGCCCUUUGUCAACACUUUACCUCAAGCCCGAUAUUAUAAUGGCGAGAGAACCGUGCCACAGACCAACGGCCUCCUUUCACCCCAACAGAGCGAAGAGGUGGCCAACCCUCCCCAGCGAUGGCUUGUCACACCCGUCCAGCAACCUGGGACCAACAAACUAGACAUCGGUUCCUAUGAGUCUGAAUAUACUUCCAGCACCUUGCUCCCAUAUGGUAUUAAAUCCUUGCCCCUCCAGACAUCCCAUGCCCUGGGGUAUUACCCCGACCCCACCUUCCCUGCAAUGGCAGGGUGGGGAGGUAGAGGUUCUUAUCAAAGGAAGAUGGCAGCUGGACUCCCAUGGACCUCCAGAACAAGUCCCCCUGUGUUCUCUGAAGAUCAGCUCUCCAAGGAGAAAGUCAAAGAAGAAAUUAGCUCUUCUUGGAUAGAGACACCCCCAUCCAUCAAGUCUCUUGACUCCAAUGAUUCAGGGGUGUACACCAGUGCUUGUAAGCGAAGGCGGCUGUCUCCUAGCUCCUCUAGCAAUGAAAAUUCUCCCUCCAUAAAGUGCGAGGACAUCAAUGCUGAAGAGUACAGUAAAGACACCUCAAAAGGCAUGGGGGGGUAUUAUGCUUUUUACACGACUCCCUAA